AUGAAUUUAAAGCUUGUAGAAAAAUUACUAGCACAGCAGAAGCAAUGGAUGGAAAGUGUGUUACAAUCCAAUGCAGACCGCAUGGAGAAGAUAUUUCAGAAUUCAUCGUCCUCUAUGCCUGCCACACCCAACUCCAUUCCACAGUUUCGUGCUUUUUCUUCUGAAAAAGAGACUUGGGAAAACUAUAUGUUCCAACUCCAGCAACACUACAAAGCUAACGCAGUAGAAGACGACAAUCUGAAGAAGGCAAAUUUUUUGUCAACCUGUGGAAACUACAUCAACGAGGUACUCCAAAAACUGUUCGAGACCACCGAUGUGAGUUUUCGUAAGAAGUCGCGGCAACGUUCCAAAAGCCGCAGACGUAGGUCAUCGUCGCAUUCUUUCGCUAAGAAUGAUAAUCGCUCACACCCCAGCCAUCGCUCCUCGCACACGGAGACAAACCAUUCAAUCAAUGAGAUAAAUGAAGAUGGACUGGACCCCGAUCAGGUUUCGUCAGCACAGUGGGAGCUAGAGCGAAAAGGUCGUCAAAUUUUUGUGUCGCUUCACGUUAAUCAGCAACCAAUGCUUUUUCAGUUAGACACUGGAGCAACAUGUUCACUAGUCGGCCUCAAAGGUUAUCAGGCUCUUGGGAAUCCCCCCUGCGAACCAACUAGUCGUUCGCUGAAGGCUUACGGAGGAGUAAGCGUACCUAUUAAGGGGGUCGUCAAUGCAUCUGUCCAAUAUGAAAACAAAAUUCGCAGUCUGUCCUUUUUGGUAACCGACUAUCAGCAAGGUGCAAAUAUUAUGGGUUUAGAUUGGUUCGAGGCAUUUGAUUUCUCGAUUAAUUAUUCAACGGGAGAAUCGGUGUUACAGGUAGUAAACGGUGAUGCAUUGGCAACCGCUGCAAAGUCUAUCUGUGAAAAAUACAAAGCUGUUUUUACUCCAGAACUAGGUGGCAGUAAACUAUUUACCGCUCAUUUAACAUUGAAACCAAACAGUCAACCCAAAUAUUUCAAACAUCGCCCCGUUCCGUUUGGUUUAAAAGAAGCUGUUCGAGCUGAAAUAACACGUUUACAAGAGCUAGGCAUACUCCGACCGAUUGAGACCAGUCAAUGGGCAGCACCCAUUGACGUCGUGAAGAAAGCUAACGGCAGUUUACGUAUCUGUGGAGAUUUUCGUAUAACCAUUAACCCACAGUUAGAGAUCGAUCGUCAUCCUAUCCCCAGAAUUCAGGAGCUUUUCCAUAAACUACAAGGUGGUCAAUAUUUUACGAAGGUCGACUUGUCCGACGCCUAUCUCCAAGUCCCUUUAGACGAUGAGUCAAAGAAACUUAGCGUUAUAAGUACUCAAUUUGGUCUUUUUGAAUACCAACGUUUACCUUUUGGAACAUCAAGUUCCACUGGAAUUUUUCAAAUGUAUAUUGAACAAUUAACUUCCGACAUAGAUUUUUGCACGUCAUAUUUAGAUGACAUCAUCGUUUCUGGACGAACAGACGAUGAGCAUCUACAUAACCUUCAGAUUUUACUGGAGCGUUUAGAACGACAUGGACUGAGAUGUCGGCUUGAAAAAUGUCAAUUUGCAAAGAGUGAAAUCAACUACUUGGGCCAUAUUAUCGAUGCCGCAGGAAUACGCCCAUCGGAGGCACGGGUUGCAGCAAUUCGGGACUUGCCGGAACCAAGGAACUUAAAGGACUUGGAGGCGUUUAUCGGCAAACUGAAUUAUUAUAAUCAGUUCAUCAAGAACUUCGCCCAAGUAGCUGCCCCUCUUAACAAACUACGUUCGUUAGAUCAGCCUUUUGUUUGGGGGGAAGAUCAGCGAAGAGCUUUUAAUCAGUUCAAAAACGACAUUUUGAACGUUACUAGGUUGGUACAUUUUCGUGAUGAUUUUCCAAUCACAUUAGCCACAGACGCAUCCUCACACGGAAUCGGUGCCGUGAUCUCUCAUGUGUAUCCAGACAAGACGGAAAGACCGAUUGCUUUCGCAUCAAAAACGCUUGAUGACUCUCAGAAAAAAUACAGCCAGAUUGAGAAAGAGGCUCUUUCCAUCAUUUACGGAGUGAAAAAAUUCCAUCAGUACCUUUAUGGACGUCAAUUUGAAUUGGUUACAGACCAUCAACCGUUGGUCACUAUUUUUAAUCCAUCUAAGAAGCUACCACAUAUGACGAUACAACGUCUUCAAAGAUGGGCACUCAUUCUUAUGGGAUACACGUAUACCAUACGUUAUCGUCCUACAAAACAACACGGUAAUGCCGACUGCCUAUCUCGUUUACCAACUGGACCAGACGACACAUUUGAUAGUGGAAGUCCUAGAGUAGUUAUACCCAAACAGCUACAACCGAAGGUUUUGUCGAUUCUCCAUCAAGGACACUGGGGACUCAUCCGAAUGAAGCAGAUAUCUCGACGUUAUUGCUGGUGGCCCAGCAUUGAUGACGACAUCACCAAAACCGUUUCCAGGUGCGUUGCAUGUCAAAAUAAUGCAAGUAAUUCCUCCCGAGAGUACACCAGCUGGCCGACAACUGAAGAAGUGUGGGAACGAAUACACAUCGAUUUCGCUGGACCUUUUCAGAAGCAGAUGUGGUUAAUUGUAGUCGACUCUAAAUCAAAGUUCCCAUUCGUCGUCCGAAUGGCAUCAACCACGUCGGAAGCAACAAUUCAAGCGUUGCGAUCAAUUUUCGCUUUAGAAGGACUUCCCAAAACUCUGGUGUCUGAUAAUGGCACCCAGUUCACUUCGAAUGAGUUCCAGCUUUUCUGUCGAAAUAACUCAAUUAAGCACGUAACUUCAGCGCCAUUUAACCCAGAAUCCAAUGGAGCUGCUGAGAGGAUGGUGCGAACAUUUAAGACAGCUCUUAGAAAAAUUUUAUUGGAUACAACUCGGUGGGACGAAGCUCUCCUUGUUUUUCUCUCUACGUAUCGUUCUACACCAGAUGAUUCUGGAAUUUCACCGGCAGAAAAACUCCAUGGAAGACAACAUCGCACUAUACUCUCUGCAAUGGUCCCAGAAGCAAGCAAAGCAAACACGAAAUUCAAAACGAAAUUUAGUAUUGGUCAACCGGUUUUCGUACGACAAUAUCAACGAAAAGAGAAAUGGAUUGCUGCAGUUGUAGACAAGACCUUAGGAAGAAGAAUGUACUGUGUAAGAGCUAGCACAGAUGUUGGUCAGGCAGCAUCAAACGAUGAUAAACCAGACUCAAAUGACGUUGGCGAUAUGAUGCAUUCCAGUUCACUUCAAGCCAACGCCAAUCUUGAGCAAUCUCAAACAAUUUCGAAUCCAAGUCCAAGAAUACAUCCUAGAAACAAUCUAGAAAAUCAACAAGCUUAA